GUAGAAGUUCAUGCAAACACAUUUCAACCCUAUCUUUGUUUACUUUUGUAUUUUCCAACAUUGACCCACUUUGGAGCUUUUGUCAUGGACCUCUAGUUAAUGUACAGUUUCAAUGAUAACAUCAUAAGUCACUAGUUUUGGGGUUGAUGGGGUUCGUUGGAGCUAGAGCGAAGGCAUACCGAAACUGGACUGUCAGUGAUAUCUCCGCUAAGGCAACCUUACCAAGGCAGCCCUCCUAACCCUCUGUUAGCCUGUAUUUUGAGGACAAUAAAACCCAGUUCUCCUGUUCAACUUCAGCUAUCAUCUCCUCAUUCUUUUAGGUAGUUAGCUAGCUAGCCGUUUAUGCUAACAUAUUAUACAUGUUAACAGGGAAUGCUUGAUGUUUGUACAGCGGUCGAUGCAAAUUUAAAUACAUGUAAACAAAAUUACCCGAUUUAGUAAUUUUAAAUAUUACUAUUAUACAUUUUAUACAUACAAAUUAUACCCAUCUACAAAAACAAUUUUGUGUCGGUGGAAACACCUUACACCUGGCCCCCACAGGAGUCGCUACAGGGCGAUGGGACAAGGACAUCCCGGACGGCAAAACUCUCCCCUAACUCGGACGACACUGGGCCAAUUGUUCGUCGCCUCAUGGGCCUCCCGGGCGCGGCCGGCAUGGGUCUCGAACCAGCAUCUGUAGCAAUGCAGUUUGCACUGUGAUGUAGUGUCUUAGAGCGCUGCGCCACUCGGGAGGCUCCAUCCACAGAGUUGUUAAUGCUUUUAUCAAUUGCAUUGCACAAAGUAUCAAAAUACGACAUAGUAGUGUUAGUGUUCAUGUUAAUUAUAUAUAAAGCAGCCCAUGUAAUCAUCUGACAGAGAGUAGCCCGAGCCCCAAGUAAUACAUUUGGGCCAGAUAACCAUCAGCGGAAUCGGCCCAAGCCAUAAGUAAUACAUUUGGGUCAGAUAACUCACAUCGGAAUCGGCCCGAACCUCAAGAAAUAUAUACAUUUGGGCCAGAUAACUCACACCGGAAUCGGCCUGAGCUCAAUCCCCGCAUCCUAGCCAUAAGUAAUACUGCUGAAGGCGGCCCAGACUCGGGCCACAUGACGUCGGCCGAGUCUAGCUCUCAGCAGGGUGCCUGGGUAACUCCCAAUUGUAUAUCACGAAAUUGCUGAGAAAAUGGGGUAAAAGUCCAAUUGUAGCACAAUGCUUGGCAGACAAGGUUAAUUGACUUAGAAUACAACAACUGUAAUGAUCCCUGAGUUAGAUUAGAUUAAAAGACAAUAUAGGCCUAAUUGGCCAGACAAGGUGCUCUUCAAAAUGUUGUCUUGACUGUCACAUUGGGCCUACUGUCAUUGUAAAUAAGAAUUUGUUCUUAACUGAGUUGCCUAGUUAAAUACAGGUUAAAUAAAAUACUGUAUGUAAUAAAAUAAUAAAGUUAAAUCAUUUCAAGAAUCUAGGCACAAGGUCAUCAUUUUUUUAUUUAAAAAAUCUGCGUUUCUGAUUAUAAAAUUGUAAAUAACAAAAUCGACUGUAUUUGUUCAAUAUGAUUCCAACGAGCCUGUAGGCUUAUUAUAGGCUUAUAAUAUAAUAUUUGAUUUAUAUAUCCUACAAAUGUAAUGGUUGUGAACUUAAAUGAUAUAAAUGAACUAACACCUUAAGCAUAAAUAAUAAAUGAUUUAAAGUAAACAAUAUGGCAUUUUCUGUAGACUAAAGAAAAACGCCAUACGUGCCAUAAACACCACGGGAAUGUCCAUUGUGGCCAAUCGUGUCUUCUGGGUUUACCUUUAAGCUGCACUAGUCCCCUCCUAGUGCGCAUAUAAACCCACUUCUCCCAGACAACUCUCAGAAAACUUUGGACAGGAACUUUCACCAUGCUCUACUCGUUGACAUUUCUCGUCGAAAAGCUAUCCCUUCUCUCGAACUUCAAACUUUUUGAGUUUAAAUGGACUGAUGGGAAACGCAAAGGGGCGGGAUGCACAGAACGCACGACAUAUAGUCCUGCAGUCGCGCCGUUGCCUCUCCAGAGAGGGGACCUUUUGGAGGUGCCGAGGACUUUGUUCACGCACUUCGGUAUCUACUUGGGUGACAACAAAGUCGCUCACCUGAUCCCAGAUAUCAUGCCCGUGCUAACCAAUGACAAGAUGAUCAUCAAAAAAGUUAUCACAAAUAAGAGACUCAUCAUGGGUUGCUUGUACAAGUGUGCCGCGGUGCGCGUGGACACCUUGGAUGACUUUGUAUAUGGCUCAAACAUAUUGGUGAAUCAUAUGGAUAGGAAAUGCAAGGCGCAACAACCGUUCCCAAAUGAAGAGGUUGCCGAGAGGGCAGAACAACUCGUCGGCGCCAUCCCUUACAGUUUACUAUGGAAUAACUGCGAACAUUUUGUUACAUACUGCAGAUACGGUUCAGCGAAAAGUCAGCAAACGGAAAUGUUUUGUGAGUUCCUGAAAUCAAUCAUCCGAGACCAGAGGAGUGUCUUUCUCAGUGUUCUCCUGGGAAUUAUCUACAUCAUCUGCUUUGGCCUGGCGCCUUCAACUACGUUACCCACAAUCCUCAUCCCCUUCACUCUGUGGAUGGCCGGCUGAGAAGCCAAUGUUCAAAGCCUUCAAACACUCCUAUAUGGACAUUUCAAUAGAAACUAUUUGGGAUGGUGUCUUUUCAUUGGUCCUUGUGAUGACAUCAAUUGGCACCUCCCAACUCAUUUGACUUUGGUAUAGGCCUAUAGUGGAACGUCAUAUAAUAGUCGAUUGUUACAGCAAGCGCUAGCAUCCACUCACUUUUGAUUUGAUCCUUGCCAGCCAAAAGUAAACAUAGGGCAAUGUGGCUGCAGGCCUAACAAUUUUACAUGUGAGUGUUCAUGUCAACACUUACUGUAUUGUAUGUAGGCCAUUAAGGCAUUAUAAAGCCUUUAUAAAGGCCAUAUGAUCCCUCUGUGAACAAUGUAUUAUCCAUAUUUCUCCCAAAAGAUUGGCCAAGGCGCACUUUCUACUUUGUAUCUUACUGUGUAAGUCACUGUCGUCUAAUCUGUAAAUAAUUUAUUUUCUUCAAUGAUGAUACUCUUGUAUAAUUUUUUAAAAAUAGAUACAGUUUGAAACUCUAAGAGUACUAUGCUGAUUAAUACAAUACUUAUGUGUUUUGAGAGCAGAUCAUUUUGUUUUCAAUCAAAUACAUUGUAAAUAUCAGAAAUGUUAAUAAAGAUAUUGGAAGUUG